UGAGAACAGCUGAAGCCAUGACAACCAGCGCGCGCACGGAGACAGAGAAAAGAGGCGGGAAAAACAAGUUGCACAAACCUGCAGUGGAGAAAAAGCGCCGAGAUCACAUCAACACCUGCACUGAGAGACUCAAGCAGCUCCUUGAGGAUGAAAUGACUUCCAACUCCAAGCUGGAUAAAGCUGACAUUUUGGAGAUGACCGUUGCUUACCUAAAGAGGUGCACAAUGCCACGAUCGUCUCCAGUUCAUGGUUACACUGAUGGGUUUGCACAAUGUUUGCAACAGACUGUGUGCUUCUUCUCAGUUUGUAAAAGAUCAGAAAUAGACAAAUACAGCCUGAGCAGAGCUAUACAGCCCGAAGAUUAUAGUGUAAAUACAGUAAAUCCCAGUAUUCCUAACUGCACUGGUCUGAAGGUAACACAGCCACUUUGGAGACCAUGGUGAUUCUCUUUACAUGUGAAAAACACUUGUUUAGCUAAUAAAAAAAAAACUGCACAUAUUAUUCUAACAUUCAACUCAAGUGAAAAUGAUUUCUUUACAUAUUGUAAUUACUUUAAAUUUGUUAUUGUAUUUCUUUAACAGUUGUCUGUCAUUUUUGACAGGUGAUUGUCAGUCUGCAUUGUGGAAUUUGUUAGAAUUCAAACUAGUAAUGUUAAUGCACUGGAAUGCCACAACUGCAGAUCCCAUCCUUAACUUUUAACAUUGCUUUUCAUAUGAUUUUAGUUGUGCAAUUUUUUUUUAAAAUUGUAAUUGAAACCAUUGUUGCAUUGUUAACAAUAUGUAAUCUAUCAUGUUGAUAGAAUUGUUAUGUCUGUUGUGAGGCAAAUAAAAAGUAUCCAAUGUUAA